AAGACCUACCAGUACGGCUUCUCCUUCGACCCCGUGGCCGGCGUGGCGGCCUGCCGCGGGGAGCACGGCGACGCGGCAGGCCUGCUGGUCCACCUCGAGGGUGCCCAGGGGGCGUACGAGGCGGGCCAGGGCGGGCGCCUGCUGCGCCUCGAGGCGAUGGGCCCCGCCGCGGAGAUGGCGAAGCUGAAGCCGCGCCUGGGCCCCCUCGGCUGCGAGUUCUUCGUGACGGAGUGGGCGUACCGGAACGAGGCGAGCGCGCAGGGCAUGACCAGGGCAAAGCCCAAGGCCGUCCAGGACGCGAAGAAGGCGGACGCGAAGAAGGCCGGAGGCGCCAAGCACGGCCCCAGGCCCGCGAAGAAGGGCGAGGCGAGGAAGACGCAGGCGGCGCCCCCCACGAAGGCGAAGGCCGUCCUGACCGAGGAGCAGGUCUCCGACAUAGUGAAGACGUGGAAGAUGGCCGCGGCUCUGGGCGCGGAGACGGUGGGUGUGCUGCUGUUCAAGCAGAUCUUCGACAUCGCCCCCCAGGCCCUGCAGCUGUUCGCCUUCAAGGACGAGCCCAACCUGUACGACUCGCCCAAGCUGAAGGGGCACGGCGUCAAGGUGGUCACGACGGUGGACGCGGUGGUCAACAGCGUCCGCGACCUGGAGGCCCUCAAGCCCACGCUGCAGGACUUGGGCCUGCGUCACGUGGGCUACGGAGUGUUGCCGCCUCAUUAUGACGUAGUUGGCAAAGCGCUCCUGAGGACCCUGAAGCUCGGGCUACAGGACGCAUUCACAAAGAGGGUCGAGGCCGCCUGGACUAAGCUCUGGGCCUUUGUGGCCAAGUGGUGCACGGCCGGCAACUACCCCGAGCAGGACGCUGGGGGUGUGACCCCGAAGAAAGCGGCAAAGGCGACGGCCGUCCUGACCGAGGAGCAAGUCUCGGUCAUAGAGACGACGUGGAAGCAGGCCGCGGCACUGGGCGCGGAGACGGUGGGCGUGCUAUUGUUCAAGCAGAUAUUCGACAUCGCUCCCCAGGCCCUGCAGCUGUUCGCCUUCAAGGACGAGCCCAACCUGUACGACUCGCCCAAGCUGAAGGGGCACGGCGUCAAGGUGGUCACGACGGUGGACGCGGUGGUCAACAGCGUCCGCGACCUGGAGGCCCUCAAGCCCACUCUGCAGGACCUGGGCCUGCGUCACGUGGGCUACGGAGUGUUGCCGCCUCACUAUGACGUCGUUGGCCAGGCGCUCCUGAGGACCCUGAAGCUAGGGCUGAAGGACGCAUUCACAAAGGAGGUCGAGGCCGCCUGGACCAAGCUCUGGGCCUUUGUGGCCAAGUGGUGCACGGCCGGCAACUACCCCGAGCAGGAUAUUGGGGGUGUGACUCCGAAGAAGGCGACGGCCGUCCUGACCGAGGAGCAGGUCUCCGUCAUAGAGACGACAUGGAAGCAGGCCGCGGCAUUGGGCGCGGAGACGGUGGGCGUGCUGCUGUUCAAGCAGAUAUUCGACAUCGCUCCCCAGGCCCUGCAGCUGUUCGCCUUCAAGGACGAGCCCAACCUGUACGACUCGCCCAAGCUGAAGGGGCACGGCGUCAAGGUGGUCACCACGGUGGACGCGGUGGUCAGCGGCGUCCGCGACCUGGAGGCCCUCAAGCCCACUCUGCAGGACCUGGGCCUGCGUCACGUGGGCUACGGAGUGUUGCCGCCUCAUUAUGACGUAGUUGGCCAGGCGCUCCUGAGGACCCUGAAGCUAGGGCUGAAGGACGCAUUCACAAAGGAGGUCGAGGCCGCCUGGACCAAGCUCUGGGCCUUUGUGGCCAAGUGGUGCACGGCCGGCAACUACCCCGCGGCAAAGGCGACGGCCGUCCUGACCGAGGAGCAGGUCUCCGUCAUAGAGACGACAUGGAAGCAGGCCGCGGCACUGGGCGCGGAGACGGUGGGCGUGCUGCUGUUCAAGCAGAUCUUCGACAUCGCCCUCCAGGCCCUGCAGCUGUUCGCCUUCAAGGACGAGCCCAACCUGUACGACUCGCCCAAGCUGAAGGGGCACGGCGUCAAGGUGGUCACGACGGUGGACGCGGUGGUCAACAGCGUCCGCGAUCUGGAGGCCCUCAAGCCCACUCUGCAGGACCUGGGCCUGCGUCACGUGGGCUACGGAGUGUUGCCGCCUCACUAUGACGUAGUUGGCCAGGCGCUCCUGAGGACCCUGAAGCUAGGGCUGAAGGACGCAUUCACGAAGGAGGUCGAGGCCGCCUGGACCAAGCUCUGGGCCUUUGUGGCCAAGUGGUGCACGGCCGGCAACUACCCCGCGGCAAAGGCGACGGCCGUCCUGACCGAGGAGCAGGUCUCCGUCAUACAGACGACGUGGAAGCAGGCCGCGGCACUGGGCGCGGAGACGGUGGGCGUGCUGCUGUUCAAGCAGAUAUUCGACAUCGCUCCCCAGGCCCUGCAGCUGUUCGCCUUCAAGGACGAGCCCAACCUGUACGACUCGUCCAAGCUGAAGGGGCACGGCGUCAAGGUGGUCACCACGGUGGACACGGUGGUCAGCGGCGUCCGCGACCUGGAGGCCCUCAAGCCCACUCUGCAGGACCUGGGCCUGCGUCACGUGGGCUACGGAGUGUUGCCGCCUCACUAUGACGUAGUUGGCCAGGCGCUCCUGAGGACCCUGAAGCUAGGGCUGAAGGACGCAUUCACGAAGGAGGUCGAGGCCGCCUGGACCAACCUCUGGGCCUUUGUGGCCAAGUGGUGCACGGCCGGCAACUACCCCGAGCAGGAUACCGGGGGUGCGAGUCCGAAGAAGGCGGCAAAGGCGACGGCCGUCUUGACCAAGGAGCAGGUCUCAGUCAUACAGAAGACGUGGAAGCAGGCCGCGGCACUGGGCGCGGAGACGGUGGGCGUGCUGCUGUUCAAGCAGAUAUUCGACAUUGCUCCCCAGGCCCUGCAGCUGUUCGCCUUCAAGGACGAGCCCAACCUCUACGACUCGCCCAAGCUGAAGGGGCACGGCGUCAAGGUUGUCACCACGGUGGGCACGGUGGUCAGCGGCGUCCGCGACUUGGAGGCCCUCAAGCCCACUCUGCAGGACCUGGGCCUGCGUCACGUGGGCUACGGAGUGUUGCCGCCUCACUAUGACGUAGUUGGCCAGGCGCUCCUGAGGACCUUGAAGCUAGGGCUGAAGGGCGCAUUCACUAAGGAGGUCGAGGCCGCCUGGGCCAAACUCUGGGCCUUUGUGGCCAAGUGGUGCACGGCCGGCAACUACCCCGAGCAGGAUACCGGGGGUGCGAGUCCGAAGAAGGCGGCAAAGGCGAAGGCGAAGCCUGUCCUAACCGAGGCCGCCUCCGCCGCGGCGGACGCGAAGGAGAAGAAGGCAGAAAGGAAAGCACCAAGGAAGGCGUCCAUGACGGAAGCCGAGGCCAAGGAGAUGGUGAAGGAGCUGAUAGCUGUUGCCAAGGCCGGCAAGACGGCCGAGGUGGAGGCGCUGAUCCAGCGGGGCGUGGAUGUCAACCUGUCGGACACCGACGGCAACACCGCCCUGCACUUGGCCGCGCAGGAGGGCUCGCUGGACACCGUGAACGCGCUGCUCGCCGCCGGCGCAGACCCAGCGGCGCAGGUGAAGCUCGGCGAGUGGGGCAACACGCCCCUGCACCUCGCCGCGCGGGCCGGGCACCGGGAGGUCGCCGAGGC